CUUUUGUCAGCUGUCAAAAAAACUUUCAUGGCGUCUCGUCGAGUCGGCUGCAAAGUCGCGUUUUCUACGGCAAAUCAACAAGAAUAUCGGGACAAUUUUCAACAAUUCCUCGGCUAAUCUACUCGAAUUUGAUGACAUUCUUGGUUUGGUUCGCGGUGUUUUAGUUUUUUGUUCCGAUUCAGUUCCUGGAAAGAUGGAUAUUCCGGCUCCUCCGAAUGAUAUUGAACUGAGGAACAUCAUCGAUAAGCUCGCGGAAUUUGUUGCCCGAAAUGGUCCGGAGUUUGAGUCGAUGACCAAAUCGAAACAGAAGGGAAACACCAAGUUUGCCUUUUUGUACGGUGGCGAGUAUUACAACUAUUAUCAGUACAAAGUGGCGAGUAAGCAGCAAGCAAUGAUGAAGCAAGGAGUACAUCCACUGUCUUCGAUGGGACAGCAAAUCAACCCAUUUGCCUCACAAAACCAACAGCAGCAGCAAAAUCAGAACCAAAACAACAAUCAAAUGCCGCCACAAAUUUGGUCUAAUCCGCCACCGCCUCAACAAGGUGCUUCUCAGCAGCAACAACAGCAGGUGCAGCAAUCUGCACCUCCGCAACCGGUAAUUACCGCCCAAGUAGCAGCCCAGAUUGAAGCCGUCAACGCACAACAAAAUGUCCUACGUGAACAGAUCCGGCAAUCGGAACUGAAUCUGACUGCUCAGCAUGGGGUCCUUCUGCAACAGCAACAGGUUCAAAUUGACGAAGCAGUAACGCGGGCCCAGAACGAUGCCCUGGUCAAACAGGCCGAUGAUAGCAAAAUUUCAUUGAGCGAUUUUGAUGCCAAGCUGCAGCCCAUCAUCGAUUCCUGCACCAAGGAUAGCAUCUCCAAUGGAAAAGGCUGGAUUUUACAGCAUUGUACCGAUUCGGGAAAAUGUCAAAUUAUUUCGCAGUAUCUUUUGAGAAAGGCGCUUAUUGCCGGCGUUUUAUUCUCGCAGAAAUUACAUCUCAUAUAUCUAGUAAAUGAUGUAAUUCACCACUGCAUACGGAAGCGAACCGAUGAGCUGAAGAAAUGUUUGGAAAGUGCCGUCAUCCCCAUGUUCUGCAACGCUCAAAUUACGGCCCAAACAGACGACCAGCGUGCGAAGUUGACCAAGCUUCUGUGCUUGUGGGAGUCGAAGGGGAACUUUUUCGAUGCGUGCGUAAUUUCGAAGCUUAAAUCUCCGCCAUCGUCGCUGCAGGAAUACCAAAACUCAUUACUCACGCAGUAUGCAGCCAUCGUGGCACAGGUCACUCAAGCAACUAAAGUAACCUUUGAGAAUUACCAACAGCAGCAUCAGGCGUUUGUUCAGCACGCUACACAGCAGUUGACCCUUCUGGAAAAGCAAAAGCAACAGAUCGAGCAACAGGCCCUCAAGGCUGCCCUGGCUGCGCAGCAGAAGAGUGUUGCACCCCAACCUUUGUUGCCAGAAUUAACCGGAGGAUCCAACAACGGUCUCGCUCAGGUAAACGCGCUACUUAAUACUAAUCGAGGAAAUAAUGAUCGCGAUGCGCCGCUUCCAUCUCUAUUGGAGCAGAACAUCAAUUUCACGUUGUUAUCCGGUGCUCUUCAGAAUUUGCAAAGCCUCAACAAUCAAGUUCAGAACAAUAGGGACAGCAACGACAGCCGGAACAGUAGUCUGGGCGGCGAUGAUCGCGAUCGACGCGGGAACUAUGCGCAAUCUAGCAAUUCAGGCGACGGUAACAACAACGGAGAUUACUCGCAGCCUCCGCCAAACUUCCCAAUCCCUGAUAUGACGCGACCUCCUCCUGGUAUGCACGACUAUCCGUACAGAGACAACGAGGACUCCGAUGAGAGACGGCAUGACGACUACGAUGAUCCACCUCCGGACGAUGAAAUCGAUGACCAGCAAGAACAAGAAGCCGAGCCAGAGUUCAAAGAGGAUGAACGCCCGCUCAGUCCACAGCAGCCAUCGAUUCCUUACUUUGAACUACCUGCUGGCCUGAUGGUUCCUUUGAUCCGCCUCGAAGACUUCAAUUAUCAUCCCUUAGAUCCGGAGGACAUACGACUCCCUCCGCCCGCUCCUCCAAACGAACGAUUACUAUCGGCCGUUGACGCAUUCUAUGCGGCCCCUAGCCAUGAGAGGCCACGUGACGGCGAAGGAUGGGAAAAGCUAGCGCUGUACGAAUAUUUCAAAGUUAAAAAUGCAUCUCGCAAACAGAAGGAAGAAGAACUAGAAAGCGGUGUACGAGAUCGCUCACGAUCGCCAACGCCUAUCGAUCCUGAGCUGUUGAAGGCAACCAAGAAACAAAAGAAACGGGUAUACCGAUCUAAGAGUCGUAGUCGCUCAAAGUCUCGAUCGAGGGAACGAUCCCGUUCUCGAUCUCCGGCACGUUAUCGAAAUAGGUCACGCUCGCGAUCCAGAUCGCGGUCCAGGUCACCAAGACGGGUACCACGCAACAGAAGUCGAUCGCCACGUAGAGAUCGGGAUCGCUCACGGGAGAAACGUUCGCCCACUCCGCCAAGUUUUGGUGGAAGCGGAUUUGGAAGCAAAAAUCUGCCGGCUUUUGUAGAGGACAAAAUGCCGAAAAUGGGCGGAAUGGGUGGAAUGGCUGCGACGCCAGGCUUAGGAGGUGAAAUAUGGGGAGGUAAUGACCGUGAAGGCCUGGGAUCGUACGGUGCAAGGAACGAUCCGUACGAGAGUUUCCGUAAAAAUAAGGGCGCGGCAUUUAUCACUCGCAUGAAGGCCAGAGCUGACGAUAGGUAAGAAGAUGAGUAAAUAUUUAGAUUACAAAUCGAUUAGUCGAACAAAGAAAACACUGCACGAAGAUAAUUCGUGACAUAUGGUGUUAAUCUUGAAGAUGAAAACGGGACAUACAAAUAAAAUGUAUUGAAUGACG